AUGGGUCUCAAGGGUGUUCACUUCGGCGGAGGCAACAUCGGCCGUGGCUUCGUCGCCGAGUUCCUCCACAACUCUGACUUCGAGGUCGUGUUCGUCGAUGUCAUGGACAGCAUCAUCGAUGCCCUCCAGAAGGCCAAGUCGUACGAGGUCACCGAGAUUGGUCCAGACGGCGAGAAGACCUUCCACAUCGACAACUACCGCGCCAUCAAUUCGAAGCAUGAGAUGGACAAGGUCAUCCAAGAGAUUGCUACCGCCGACACUGUCACCUGCGCCGUCGGCCCCAACAUCCUCAAGUUCAUUGCCGAGCCCAUCGCCAAGGGCAUUGAGGCUCGCAAGGAGUCCAAGCCACUUGCAGUCAUCGCCUGCGAGAACGCCAUUGGCGCCACCGACACCCUCCGCGGCUUCAUCGAGCAGAAGCUGUCCGACGAGACCAAGGCCAACAUUGGCUCCAAGGCCGAGUUCGCCAAUUCGGCUAUUGACCGAAUUGUGCCAGAGCAGGACAAGGACGCCGGCCUGAACGUCAAGAUCGAGAAGUUCUUUGAGUGGUGCGUCGAGGAGAAGCCAUUCAAGAGCAGCGGACCACCACCGAUCAAGGGCGUUCACUACGUCGACGACCUUGAGCCGUACAUUGAGCGCAAGCUCUUCACGGUCAACACCGGUCACGCCACCGCUGCGUACUACGGCCACCAGGCCAAGAAGCAGUACAUCCAUGAGGUCCUCGAGGACAAGAAGCUCCAUGAUAUUGUUCAGGAGACUCUCAAAGAGACCGCCCACCUCAUCACCUCCAAGCACACCCACGUCUCCAAGCAGGAGCAGGAGGACUACGUCAAGCAGAUUGUGACUCGCAUCUCCAACCCCGUCCUCAAGGACAACGUCGAGCGUGUCGGCCGUGCUCCUCUUCGUAAGCUCUCCCGCAAGGAGCGCUUCAUAGGCCCUGCUGCCCAGCUCGCUGAGCGCGGCGAGAAGUUCGACUACCUGCUCGGCGGCAUUGAGCAGGCCUUCCGCUUCACCGAUGUCGAGGCCGACGAGGACUCGGUCAAGCUCAAGGAGAUCCUGGCCAGUAAGGACCCAAAGACCAUCGUCCAGGAGGUCUGCGGUCUCGAGGAGGGCCACCCACUCUUUGCCAAGGUCGAGGAGGUCGUCAAGAAGGUCCAGAGCGGUUAG